AGCAUAAGCCUUCUGUCACGCCUGUGAGAGUGGCAUCAUGUCCUGCACCAGACUUCAAUUCCAAGCCUUAGCUCAAAAGCUUGAAAUGGAAACGUAAACUUUGUUCAUUUAUUUAAAAGAAAAGUGUUAAUUUGAAUAAUUGAUGCAGAGAUCUGUGUACUUAUAAUUAAAUUGGAUUCUGGGCACAAAUCUGAAGAGAAGUGGGGCUGAGGGGUUUUACUCCACUCCUGUUGACUGACACUUAAUUUUACUAGCUUGAUCCGUGUAUCUCUUCACUUCUCUAAUGUCUGAUGCCUGUGGUUAAAGCAUGAGGCUGUCAAACCCUGUAUAAAAAAAUGCUAGCAAAUACUACAAGCAGUGAAAGGGAAUAAUUUUCUAGUGAUUUCUGGUGCUUCCCAUAAAUUGACCUUGGUUCUAGAAAUAAGAAAUCUUUUGCAAAAGUCCUGUACUGUAAUCCUGGCCAUCGUCUGCCUAAGAGUGUAGAAGAUACAGUAAUAAUCAGUGUCUUUCUGUAAUGCAAGGUCCCCUCACUUGCCAAGAGAAAAGUCUAAAGAAGAUAAGGAAAAAUGACGUGAACAUUACUUUAGAUCUCCGAAGAAAUGAUGUUAACUGUAAAUGUCGGUACCUGUUGAUCGACCUGUUUUAAUUAUAUUUUGUUUUCCAGAUUCGUAGUUGCUGCAUCCAAAGCAAAUAGUUAACGGAUUGUUGUAUUUAAAAUCUGUAAUUUUCAUUUUUACAACUGAGUAAAACUACAUCUGUAGUUUCAGAUGUUACAAAUUUUGGAAUAGCAUAACUGUGUGUCUUCAGCAGCGCAGUCUUUGGUUUUUUCCUUCUGGUAUUUUUCAUGUUGUUUUCUUUGAGUACAUGCUAAAACCAUCUGAUUAGAAAAAUACAUGUUGCAAAUGAAAAUGGGACUGACGUUGAAUCAGCGAGGGUAAUCAUUGUAAACAAGUAGUGAAUAACUUGAGGGAAGAACACAUCAGCUUUAAAAAAUUAUACCUCAUCCUUCCAUAUCAGCAUGUGUCAGCUUUGUCUUCUGCGUAUCCCAGCCUUUGUCAUCCAAUUUGCACCCAAGCUCAGUCAUUUCGGUUCAGCACGUUGUCCAGCAGCCUUCUCCAACGCUGCCAUCUCUUUUCAUUAGCAUCUCGUAAAUCCUCUUCGGUAGGAUGCCUCCUUACGGCUUGUGAAACGUGACACGAUUUAGCCCUCGUGUUUCCUUUCCCCAGGCAAGUGGGAUGGCUCCGAUAGUUCACAUAAAGUGGGCAGGGAGUGAAUUUAAAUGGGCGACAUUCACACGUGUGCAAACAUACAUUUUUAUUUUACAGGCACACAUUCAGUAGUGUAAGCCUGCUGUGCUCAUGCUGUAUUCAUGCCCCUGCUAUGUUCACUUCUAAGAGUUACUUCGAUACAUGAAUGCACUGGCAGGAGACACUGGCAGAACCAGUGAAUUUUAGACAGUGGCUGCAGAAGCCUUGCACAGAGCUUAUUUCCUGUAUAGAAGCAUGGACACCUGCAUUGUGUUAACCCAUACUGGCGGCAGAAACAACAUGAGGUGAAUUGCUUGUGCUGUCAGCUGUAAUUUUUAUUUUCUGUGUUUCAAUUUACAAUAUUAAAUUCAAUACCCACAGCUAGUUUCUCCUGAAAAGUUUCCAAUCUAAAAAAGACUUCUCUGCAGAAAACUUUAGUAAAUCUUAGAAAAUUGAACUAUAUUGCUAAUAGUUCAUAGUUACAGAGGGAAAACUCGGUCCAAAUAAUUCAGUUUAUUUGAAUGAUUAUUUUGGUACUAAAAGGUGCCAGAGACUCAGCCAGCAAAUAGAUCAAAGGUAAUCAUGUGCAUUUCAUUGUAAAACUAUAAAUUAUACGUACAUGAAUAAUGCAAUGCUUUAUGAAGUGCAUGCACAUCUAAAGUACCUGUGAAAGGUAGAGUAUUUGACAUCCUUGGUUGGUCCUGAGGCUACUGGGCUAUGCAUAUAAAUUAUGUGCAUUCUCAGGAGAUGUCAGUGCUCAUAGACUGUAGAAAAUGCAAUAUGAUGUAGCAGAGAAUCAUAAAUUUUGAAAAGUGUGCUUUUAAAAGAGGCCCUAGAAUUUAAGAAUUGUUGAUUUCAACUGUAAUAAAUUCACGAGGGUUAGUUGGUAGUGCUGAUUUGUUUUUUCAACUCCCUGAGCUUGAUCGAAUAGCCUUCAUACAAAGCUGAUUUCCAUAUGAGUGUGCCAGAGUCUGAUGUGCAGGUGAAUUCGCAAACCUCCAAAUCCUUGAAGAAAAGGUUGUGCCUUGUCUUCAAACCAUGUCAUUAUUUAAAAGUUCCAGUGUCCAGUCUUUGAUGUCCAUUUGUUGCCAUUAGUGGUUGCAUCACUGGAGCUGGAGCAUGUCACACAGAGCACACACAAGAUACAUAGUGCACAGCUGAGCCACAACUAUUAGCAAGUGAUAUAACAAGGAUCAUGUAGGUGGAGGUCAAAUCCCAGAAUAAAUCCCAAAGACUUAUCAGGGUUGAACCUGAGAGGCUGUGUGAGGAUUUGGAACGUGUCUUAACUAAAAUGAUGCUAGUGAUCCUAUGCAGCUUAUCACUGCUUCCAUAGCAAUAAAUAAAAUGCUGAAAGCUUCAAGAACGAGUGUUUUAAUAACUCCACAAACACGCAGGAUGCAUUAUAAAAUCAUAUGUAAAGUCAUCUUUUACUUUGUGGUGGUGAUACAUAUUUCACCUUGAAAAGCUCUUUUUUGAAUUCUGCCAUAUUUUCUUUCUGUAGUCCUUUUACUCUAAACAAAUAAGCAUUAAGAAUACUAAGUGGAGGUACAAAUAGCUUGAUCUGUCACGAUUACUUGAUGAACAACUACAUUUACUUUGUAUCAGGUGUAUUAAUUCUUGGUUGGUUAACAAUUUUGGAUUAAGUUAGUUGGGUUGACAUAUUCUGCCCCAAAAGGGAACUGCUAGAGUAACCCAAACAUGAACUCUCAGUGCUCUUGAGAGGCAGACUACAGUGAUUCAAAGGUCCUUCACAGAUAUUUGACAGGCUGCAGAGCUCACUUUGAUGGCUUAGUGGAUAGCUAUCAACUUCCUAAAUUUGUUACAAUUUGUAAUAUUAAAGUGUGUGCCUGUGUGUUGGGGUUGUUUUUCCUGCUGAGAGGGUGCAGAAUUGCCUGAAACCCAGGCCAAAAGCUGCUCAGAGGCCUUGACUGUGUCCAGAUAGCAGUGGGUACUGAAAAUAGAUACUCCUGCUGCCAUAGGUGUUCUAGAGCACUGAAAACCCAUGAGAAAGCUAUUUGUAGCCCAUAAGCUACUGGUAGCAGGCUCUGGAGAAAGGAGGAAAAUUGUUUUUUUUCUUGCUUGAUUCGAAGCAGACUUGAAAAGGUUUCUCAUUUUUGAGGUGCAGCUGCUCAGCACAAUGCAAUUUGCUGCAAACAGGUGAAUCGACUUGAGAAAGAGGGGAGUUAUGGCUGUGAAUUGGGUGCCACUCCUUUGGGCCUGGAGUUAGAAGUCCAGUUAUUCUCAGUAUCCCAGUUGAGUUUCAGUCAUUUUACAUAUGUAGCUUCCUUCCUAGUGCCAUGUUCCUGCUCACCUGCAUUUCUGCAUUCCUACUUCAGGAGCUCCACUGGAUGGCAGAGCUCCUAAAAUUUAGAUACUGCAGCCUUCAUAGCUCUCAUUCUAGGUCUUCAAUGAUGUAGAUCUAAAGAGACAAUAGAACCUGAUUUUCAAAAUUAGGAACUACGUGAAUCCAAAAUUUUCAUAUGUUACUUGAGCUCAUAUUUGUUGUCAAACAACUGGCUGUCUUGUUAAAAAUGCUUCUUUUAUACCAGACAGUGCCUUGAAAAUAGUUUGACACAAAACCUCAGUUGCUAUUGAUUCCAAAAGGAAGAGGAUAAAAGAGCCUGACCAUUUACAUUUCGAGUAGGGAGUGCUAUCAUGUAUGUAAUAAUUACAUGUAUGUAAUUUGUUACAUUUUUAGUAGGAUAAUACAUUUGUCUUGUUUAGCUGUAGUUUCAGUCUCAGUGAUCUAGGCAUUGAAAAGCAAUAUUCUUGAGUGUGGAAUUACUAAUCUCUUUCAGGUAAGUAUAUGGGGUACCAAGGAAGAAAAGACUAGGUGAGAAAGCAUGUUAAAAUUCUGCUUAAGGCAUUGGUAAAGAUGCCAAUCUUUCACGAGCUAGGAGGGAUUCAAGUUUUAUUUUGCUGGGUGACUAGACUGAGGCUCAGAGGACAAUAUGUCUGUCUGUCUAUCUGUUCUUUUGUUAAAUGACUUGUGAGCUAAAUACCUGUUCUAAGUGCCUAACAUGGAUUUACCGGACUUGUCAGCUUUUGGGUAAUCAAGUGUUACCCUCAGUGUAAUUAUUAGCAUUAAAUAUUCAGAGCAGAGAGUGUAUUUCCCAGGUAGGAGCUGUUAUUUGUAAAAGGCAGGUAUCAGUGUGGGGUGGGUGCAGUGUCCAGGGGCUGGCAGGGGCUCUGGGGCUGAUGUGAGCAGCAGCCAGGGCUGCCUGUGCUGGACACAAAUGGCUCCAGCUCUUCCCCUGUGGCCAAGAGGGUGACACUUCAGGGAAAAAGCACUUUAAGAGUAGGAUGCUCCAAAGGCAGUGUGUGGGGACUGAGGGGAAAAAAAAGAAUGAAAACUAUCUCUGCAGAAAGCAAGAUCACAGAAGAAGGAGCAGAGGUGGUGUUGCAGGCACUGGAGCAGGAUUCUCUGCGAGUCUUGGAGGGCUCUGUGAUGGAGCAGACGUCCACUGUGGAGGACCCUGUGGUGGAGCCAUUCCUGAAGCAGACUGCAGCCAGUGAAGAGGAGCCUGUGCAGGAACAUGUUCUCCUGACAAGGACUGUGGUCCAUGGAGGACCCACACUGGAGCAGGUUUAUCUGCAGGACUGCAGCCUGUGGAGUGGACCCACACUGGAGCAGUUUGUGAAGGACUGCAGCCUGCAGUAAGGACCCACACUGGGUCAGGGGCAUGGUGUGAGGAGGAAGGAGUGGCAAGGAGGAAACAUUAUGGAUUGACUGCAGCCUCCCAUUUCACUGCCCUUGGGCUGCUGGGUAGGGUAGAGGAGCUGGAGGAGUUGGGAAUGUAGGGGUAAAGUCGAAUCUGGGGAAAAUGAGUGGUAGAGUGUUUUGUCUUUGUUUCCCACCAUCCAUCUCCAUUUUAAUUUGCACUAAAUUGAGUUUUCCCCAGUUUGAGCCCAUUUUGCCUGUGAUGACAAUUGGUCUUCCAGUGUUCUUUUUUCUUCCUGUUUUUUCCUCUUGACCCAUGAUGAGCUUUCUCAUCUUACUUUCUCCCACUGGGCUGCUGAGGAGGGGAAGUGCAAUAGCAGCUGUGUGGGCAUCUGGCAGCCAGCCAAGGCCAACCCACCACUCCACCUGGUUUUAAAUAUGAAGCUGAGCUUUACUCACUUCUGAAAACUGCUUUGGUGAGAACCAGUGUUUAGUGGCAGUUUUGGGAUUGCAGGUCCUAGAUUGUUGCAGCUGUCUCUCUGUGUCCUUGCAGAAGGUGUUUGUGGAGCCUCCUGACUCUUCAGGACUUUCCUGCUGGCUGACUCCUGUUAAGCUGCUCCUUAUUUAAUUACUUGCCGUAUUUUGGAUCCAAUGUUGAAAUGUCAAUCUCUUCCCUAGACUAUUGAAAGCAUUUAUCAUUAGGGUUCUUAGAGGCCUGGAAGGAACAAAUAUUUCAUUUCAUCACAUAGUUAGUAAUUUGUCAGAACUUUAUGGGCUUUAUGCAGUGCCAAACCACGUUGUUUCAGGAGGUCUCUGAACCUGCACUGUACUCAAAUUACCUCACUGUUUAUUUCUAUCUGUCCCAUGUUCAGUCUCUCUCUACCACAGCUGAGCACAGGUAACACACUUUCAUCCACUCUUCCUACCUCCUUCCAAAAAUAUAUUAAUGUAUUUUAUUGCUUAAUAGUAGAGUUGUAUUUCUGUGAAAUUUUCCCCCUCUCCUUUCCUUCAGUAUAUUGCAGAAUAAGAGCUGAGACCACACUGUACAUUGAACAUGAAUUUUACAGCAGAAAUAAUUGUAAGGGAUCUGAAAUGACCUGAAAUUUUACCUAAGUACUUUUAUUUUAUAACUGUACAGUCUUCACCAUUUAGGGUGAGCAGGCCCCAUUUUCCUUUCUCUCCCUUUUCCAGGUCUUUAAUCAUUCUUGCCAUGCUGUUAUUCUGCUUUAUCUUUCUGAUUAAGAAAAGGUCUUGGAGUGUUCCAGAUAAGUCUGCACAGUUGUUUCAUGGAGCUGUUUUAGUGGUUUUUUUGUCAUUAACAUGUUCCAUGUAUACAUCGUCAGUUGUGUCAGCAAGGCUGCCCUGCAGUGAGCCUGCUGAGCUGUACCUAUAUCCUAAGUUAAUAAAUUGGUUUGGGUUGGAAGGGACCAUAAGGACCGUGUAGUUCCAAGCCCUCUUCUACCAGACCGGUUUGCUCAAAGCCUCAUCCAGCCUGGCCUUGGACACUUGCUGGGGUGGGGCAUCCACAGCUUCUCUGGGCAACAUGGUCCAGUGUUUCAACACCAUCACAGUGAAGAAUUUCUUCCUAAUAUUUAAUCCAAAACUACCCUUUCAGGUUCCCUUUCUGAGUGCAUAUGGUUCAUUUAGAAGCAUGUAGGGCAGUAGUUUGCAUGCUUUUCAUGGCUUUCCAUUUGCCUGUGUUGCACAUCACUUAUCAUCAAAUUGAGAAAUUGCUGUAGCUGAUGUUGACCACCCUGAGGUUCCCUGCACUCCUUUUGUUUCUCUUGCCUAUACAAUUUUUUGCCAUCCUGAGAUCUUACUGUAUCACCACUUUAUCUUUCCAUCAGCAUCAUUAAUAACAGAUUUUCCUACGGAGCCCUGAGGAAUACUGUUAUUGAACUUCUGCAGUGGUGAAGCUGUCAUUUAGAUGUUGAUAUGUAAAGCAAAAUGGCAAAAAUCAACACCCAGCACUCCUACCCUGGUGUGCACAGCCUGUCUGUCAGAACUGCUGAUGAAGAUAUCGAAAGGAUUGAAAAUGGCUUUAUCAGAUCCCAUUCACUGCGUGAGGAUGCAUCUUCAGAACUGCAGGGAGUCGUUUCUGUGGAGGGAGGACAUGUACCUGAAUCCCAGGCAAGCUCCUUCACUGGCAGGGGAGCAAUGGCAAGGCUGUCACGGUUUGUCUUAUCCGUAAGGUCUUGGGCCACAAGACGCUCGCGCCGUGAGGACCAAAGACCUGAUUCUUUCCUGGAACGUAUCCGGGGCCCAGAGCUCGUGGAGGUGUCCACCAGGCAAAGCAACAUCCGCUCCUUCCUGGGCGCCCGUGAGCGGCCUGGGGGAGCAAACAGUCACUGGCCCUUGGCCAGGUUCAAUGUCAACUUUAGCAACAACACCAAUGAAGACAAAAAGGAAGAAAAGAAAGAGGUUAAAGAGGAGAAAAAAGAGGAAAAGAAAGAGGAGAAAAAAGAGGAAAAGAAAGAUGACAAAAAAGAUGACAAAAAAGAUGAUAAAAAAAAGGAAGAGCAGAAAAAGGAGGUCUUUGUGAUAGAUCCUUCAAGCAAUCUGUACUACAACUGGCUGACUGUAAUUGCAGCCCCCGUGUUCUAUAACUGGUGUAUGCUAGUGUGCAGAGCCUGCUUUGAUGAGUUACAAAUGGACCAUGUUAAAAUGUGGCUGUUCUUGGAUUAUCUCUCUGAUAUUAUCUAUGUUAUUGACAUGUUUGUCAGGUUCAGAACAGGCUUCCUCGAGCAAGGCUUGCUAGUUCAGGAUGAGAAGAAAUUACGAGAACAUUAUACCAAAACUGUGCAGUUCAAACUGGACGUGCUGUCUCUUGUGCCAACAGACCUGGCAUAUUUCAAGCUUGGUUUGAACUACCCCGAGCUCCGAUUUAAUCGCUUGCUGAGGAUCGCUCGGCUCUUUGAGUUUUUUGACCGUACCGAGACCAGGACAAAUUAUCCAAACAUGUUCCGUAUUGGCAAUCUGGUGUUAUACAUCCUUAUCAUCAUCCACUGGAACGCGUGCAUAUACUUUGCGAUAUCGAAGGUGAUCGGGUUUGGAACCGACACCUGGGUGUAUCCCAAUGUGUCCGUCCCGGAGUACGCGCGCCUGUCCAGGAAGUACAUUUACAGCCUGUACUGGUCGACGCUCACGCUGACGACCAUCGGAGAAACACCGCCGCCGGUGAAGGACGAGGAGUAUCUCUUCGUGGUCAUCGACUUCCUGGUGGGCGUGCUCAUCUUUGCCACCAUUGUCGGUAACGUCGGCUCCAUGAUUUCCAACAUGAAUGCUUCCAGGGCAGAGUUCCAGGCCAAAGUGGAUUCCAUUAAACAGUACAUGCAAUUCCGAAAGGUGACUAAGGAUUUGGAAGCCAGGGUUAUUAAGUGGUUUGAUUACCUCUGGACCAACAAGAAAACAGUAGAUGAGAAGGAAGUUCUCAAAAAUCUGCCUGACAAGUUGAAGGCUGAAAUUGCCAUCAAUGUCCAUUUGGACACGCUGAGGAAAGUGCGUAUAUUCCAGGAUUGUGAAGCUGGACUUCUCAUUGAGCUGGUGCUGAAACUGAAACCUACGGUCUUCAGUCCUGGUGACUACAUUUGCAAAAAAGGAGAUAUUGGGAGAGAAAUGUACAUUAUUAAAGAGGGAAAAUUGGCUGUGGUGGCGGAUGAUGGCAUAACCCAAUUUGUAGUCCUAAGCGAUGGCAGCUACUUUGGUGAAAUCAGCAUCCUAAACAUCAAAGGUAGCAAAUCUGGCAACCGGAGGACAGCCAACAUUAGGAGUAUUGGUUAUUCUGAUUUGUUCUGCUUGUCUAAGGAUGAUUUAAUGGAAGCCCUCACAGAAUAUCCAGAAGCCAAAAAGGCUCUGGAAGAGAAAGGACGUCAAAUUCUGAUGAAAGACAAUUUAAUAGAUGAGGAGGCAGCAAAAGCAGGAGCUGACCCAAAAGACUUGGAAGAAAAAAUAGGACGACUUGAAGUGGCUCUGGAUACGCUGCAGACUAGGUUUGCGAGGCUCAUGGCAGAAUACACUGCAUCUCAACAAAAGGUGAAACAGAGACUUGCCAGAGUAGAAACCCGAGUGAAAAAAUACGGUAGUGGCAGCUUAUCAGUUGCAGAAGCAGAGGCUGAAAAACCUGAGGAGGAGAAAAAGAAAUAAUGGAGUAUUUAUAUUUCCUCAUUUAUUGGAGAAAGAUGAAGCACUGAAAGCCAUAAAUGUAUGUAAAUAUGUGUGUGCAUACAUAGACAUAAUUAUUUUUAUAUGAACUCAAGAGAAUGGUUUUUAGCAUUUUUAACUGAAGCAGUAUUUUCUUGUAAAUAGAACACCGUCACCUUCUUCUUGGGGGGAGAUUUAGUCCAGCACUUGGUACUUUUUUGUACUGAGAGUGGGCUUCUUACAAGUCAUGCUCAGAAUGUCUGUUGUGUUUGGUACCUGUAGGUCUUGACACAUUGUCUCUUCCUGCGCAUCAUGCGUUAAGAAGGUAUUGUACUUGAAGUAGAAGAGAUUACAUUUUUCCAUUUUAAGAGCUUAAAAAAUGUUUUUAGGGUACCCUGCUCUAACUUGCUACUUUAGUAGCUGAUUAAAUGCAUGGAUGGAUGUCUGGGUUUCUCAACAUUUUUGUUCUUUCACAGUCUGUGCAAACAGUUGGACGACAGCUAAGCAGUGUCAGGUACCUCGCCAUUGCAGUGCACCCUGCACGUGUCUGAAACAGCUGUGCGUUCAGAUGCUUUAGUCUGAUUCUCUCUAAUGAGCUGGGCUCUGCACAAAGGACCAUGCUGACAGACUAGCAGUCCUCAUUCAUGUCCCUUCUGGCAGGGUCUGUGACAGCCUUUGCUGCUCUGCAACUGCUUUGCCAGGGGAGAAAGCGGGGGAUGCUCCAUUCUGGAUUUUUUAGCCCAGUUCCAUCAGCACUGGUAAAACCCUCACUUGAAAAGGAGUCCCCCUGAAGCUCACUGGUGGAAGGGUAAUGCGGCUUCACCAAACCUGGGCAGAGAAAAGAGGGUCCUGGUGUGUGCAGCUCCGCUAUGUAGGGCGCUGAGUGAACUCCCUGACAAGUGGGCAGUCCUGAGGGAGGCUACUGAGAAAUCCCAUGGGCUGGCAGGGCAGGCUGUCACUGCCUGCCAGGCAGCUUGCUCCCACAACAGGUUUUCUGCAAGGCAGGGAUAACAAGCCCUGUGUUGCAAAGUCAUUCUGGCCACUUAGGCCUAUGUUUUCUUCCUUUUUAUUUCUUCUGAGGAUUUCUACUCCAUCUCCUUUUGCUGUUUACUGCCAUCUUUUCUCCAAAGUAGUUGUUACACUACCUUGUUUUUAUUACUUAGGGAGAAUGCAGAAGAUGACUAGCUUUCACUUUUUACUGUACAGUAUUUUGCUGUCAUGCAGCUUUCCCUAUGUUACUUUCAUCCUCCUGUAUCUCACUGGCUUUUGAAAGGUAUGGAAUAGCAGAGGCUGUUCAGCAGGUAUGGCAUGGGAUCCUCCAGUGGCGUUAGGUAUUACUGUGGGCAGUGCUCUGACUUUAGUUGUCCUCAGGCCUGAGUUAUGGCAGCAUCUGGGAUCAAUGGCCUGUUGGAAAAUUGGUGAGGAGCUCACUGAGAAGAGGGUGGUUUAGCUGGAUGACAGUGGAAUGAAAAAAGACAGUUUUGCUAAACUGAGUACAACUGCUCAGAGUAAGUCCUUGUCUCCAGGCAAGCAAAUGUUCCCUUCUAUUGACACUUCUGAGCCUGGUGAGGGAGACAAAUCUGUCAGUGAUUAGGGAAUGGAGCUUUGCCAGCAACACUGGCAAAGGGACAACUGGGUAGUAAUGUCCACACCUGGCCCUUGUCUAAACUCCUGUUAGUGUUAGCCUAGAAGCCAGCCAUACUUACAGAUCUUCCCUAGAUUGGGCUUAACCUCUAUUUUCAAAAUGUCCACUGAUUGUAGUAAGUGGUUUGGAAAGUGUCAAUAUCUCUUUGUGGCCAGUGGCACUCUAGAGUCUUGGUCCAUCAGCUGAAUCUUGUCCUUAUUUUCUUUAAGGGCUUGAGAGAAAUGGGGGAGCUCUGAGAGGCUGGUUUUGGCAGGGGUGUAGUGCCCUUGGUCCCACCCAGAGGCAGGCAGGGCUGAGGUGGAGCUGGGCUCACUGCAGGGUCCCCCUGCGAGCACAGACAGUGCUGUCACAGGCUGCUCAGCUUGCAACUUCCACCUUGUGACAGGGCCGGGUACCACACUUGCCUUGGCUGACAUUCACUGGUGUGUGACUCAAACCCACUGUAUGUGGUAGGGGUUUCAUGCAUAUUGACAUGUUCUCCAUCAUUCUCUGUAAAUACCUUUCUACCCAACAUAGCACAGCUGUUCCAGCCCACUAGGUAUAUAUGAGUAAAACUGUUUAAAGUACUCUUUAUACCAAAUUUAUACCUGUUUAAAAACCCUAAAAACCACAGGACUGCAUCUUCACCUGAUGGAUCAGAACAGCCUAAUCUAUCAGUUAAAUACAUGUUUGCUCUUCCAUUUCUGUGCCUCUUGAUCUGGUUUUCACAUGCCAGAAAAAGAGCAUUUUGAUGCUAUUGGCUUCAGUCACUUUGAAACAUACGGCUUCUGGCAUGAUGAAAUCACAUCCUUUGGCGUCUUUCAUCUCUGUAAGAUGUUUUUUCCUCUUCUUUAAUGUGGCUACAGCAUGUACAUUAAAAUAUUUUGAGUAAUGUUCAA